GCGGCUGAUUGUGUUUUUCUAUCUAAAUUAAAAGUACUGAAUAAAACUUAGUUUAAGCGUAGUGAGUGUAGUAUUAAUAUAGACAAGUGUAAGGGCAGUAUGUCGUAUUCUAACAAAUACACUUGGGCGGCUCUGCCGAGAACUCAGCGAGGUACUCCAUUGGUUUUGGGCGGUGAUCCGAAAGGCCGAACUUUCCUGUACACAAACGGGAAUUCUGUAAUAAUCCGGGAUAUUGAGAAUCCUGCGAUUGCGGACAUUUACACUGAGCAUUCCUGUCAAGUUAACGUUGCCAAAUACUCGCCGAGUGGCUUCUACAUAGCCUCAGGAGACGCGUCGGGCAAAGUUCGCAUCUGGGACACUGUGAAUAAGGAGCAUAUUCUCAAGAAUGAAUUCCAGCCCAUCGGUGGUCCUAUCAAGGACAUUGCUUGGAGUGCUGAUAACCAACGCAUGGUCGUCGUCGGUGAAGGCCGGGAACGGUUCGGCCACGUGUUCAUGUCCGAGACCGGCACUUCUGUGGGCGAGAUUAGCGGGCAGUCGAAGCCAAUCAAUUCUGUUGAUUUUCGGCCCACACGUCCGUUCCGCAUCGUAACGGCAUCUGAGGACAACACCAUCGCCGUUUUCGAAGGCCCGCCGUUCAAAUUCAGGUGCACUAAGCAGGAGCACACUCGAUUCGCACAAGCCGUGCGGUACAACCCUGAUGGCAGUCUCUUCGCCUCAGCUGGCUUCGACGGAAAAAUCUACCUCUACGAUGGAGCCACCUCGGAAUUGAGGGGAGAGAUCGGUUCACCUGCUCAUAAGGGUGGCGUGUACGGCAUCUCGUGGUCGCCUGACGGCACUCAACUGUUAUCCUGUUCCGGGGACAAGACAUGUGCCAUCUGGGACGUGGAGACCAUGCAACGCACCACGCUCUUCAAUAUGGGCACUGCUGUGGAGAAUCAACAGGUAUCUUGUCUUUGGCAAGGAAAGCAUCUCCUCUCGGUGUCGCUGUCAGGUGUGAUCAAUUACCUGGACGUGAACAACCCUGACACACCGUGGCAGGUCCUGAUGGGUCACAAUAAACCCAUCACGUGUCUCGCGCUCCACCCUGACCGACACACUGUCUACACGGCCAGCCAUGACGGUUGUGUUACUUCGUGGAACGUCAGCACAGGUGAAGGCCGUCACAUCUUGGGACAAGGGCACGGCAACCAGGUCAACGGCAUGCGCGCCACGAAGGACGGUUCGCUGCUUACGUGCGGCAUCGACGAUUCUCUUCGACGUGGCAAGCCCCAAGCUGAAGGCGAGGUACCGACGUACACUGCCGAAUCUGUGCCCCUGGGGUCGCAGCCGCGCGGAAUGGAUUACAUUCUGGAUGACGAUACUACAAUUAUUGCUACAGUCAAAGAGCUUUUGGUUAUAAUUGGCGACAGCAAGCAGUCGAGUCUGCCACUCAAGUUCGAGCCUACAUGCGUUGCAAUCGACCCCAAAUCUAGACAUGUCGCUGUCGGCGGCGCUGAUAAUAAGGUGCACCUGUUCACGCUGGAUGUGCGUACUCUGACGUCGGGCGUGGAACUGGAACACCUGGGCGCGGUGACAGACGUGCGUUUCAGUCCCGACUCGCAGUACCUCGUGGCGUGUGACGCCAACAGGAAGCUGAUCCUCUACUCCACAGAAGAUUACAAGCUGGCUCAUAAUAAGGAGUGGGGCUUCCACACCGCACGCGUCAACUGCGUGGCCUGGUCCCCGGAUUCAAAGCGCAUUGCGUCCGGCUCGUUGGACACCAGUAUCAUCAUCUGGAGCGUCGACGCACCCGCGAAGCAUACUAUCAUUAAGAAUGCUCACCCACAGAGCCAGAUCACAGGCCUGGCGUGGUUGGACGACGAAUCAGUGGUUUCCGUGGGCCAGGACGCCAACACCCGUGUCUGGACCGUGCCCAAGGCCUAAACAAAACGACCUUUUUGCUGGGGAAUAAACAUUAUCUAACGAAAUAAGUAUUGUUGACUCUACCUUCUCUCUACUUGAGUAUUAUUAUAGUCGCGCAUUCUGUCAAAUUGAUUUUUUAACCGAGUUCGAAAAAAAGGAGGAUCAAGAAUGGAGGAGUUAUACGUUCGGUUGUAUGUAGGUUUCCGAUUUUUCUGUCAAUUGUGGACCGAUUUUGAAUAUUCUUUUUUGUUUGAAAGUGUGCACUCUCGUGGUGGUCCCAUUGUCACCAAGUCAGAAUUUGAUGAGAGGAUCCCAUGGAAAUCGAGGAAAAGCCUCAAGUUUUAUAGGCAUGAUAGUGUACUCACCGAUAUUGAAAAUUCUUUAUUUGUUUGAAAGGGUAUACUCUAGAGGUGCCCCUGAUGCCCACGAUGCUGUUUCGGCUAUCACAAAUUACUAAUUAUUUUUCAACAAAUCACCGUCGCCACGACAACCAGAAAAAAGUACAAAAUGUACGAAGGAGUCCGUAACAGUCUUAUUGUCACCAAGAGGUCAGAAUGUGAUGAGGGGAUCCAAUGGAAAUCGAAUUUGAGACGGUUUUCUUUUCAAGUUACAAUUACUUGUCGUCGAUUUCAAGUGGGAUAAUGUGUGUCAACAAUAAUUUUUUAAGCCGCAACAAAGCAAGGUUUCUCCGUGGCAAUAAAUCAUCUAAACUUAGGCAUAAAUAUAUUGAGUUUCUUGUUUCUAAAUAUAUUCUCCCCAAAAAAAGCGACGUUGAAAUAAAUUGGUUUUCUAUUUAAUACUAACGUAUUUAUUUGGCUUAUGAUUAAGUUUAAUGUAUUUAAUGCUCAGUUAAAUUACCGUUCCUAACGCUAAUAUUAAAUAGAAUGAACAAAUUAGGACUGACAGUUUUAGAAUGUCGGGAUUUGUCGAUACUAAGUAGAGAUGGGAAAGACUGCAAAAUUUUUUUAAACGUUUAUACGUGCUUUUUUAUAAAAACGUUUAGAAAAACGUUCAAGUGCAUA